AUGGACAAUGAAGGAAAACGUCAAGUUUUACCUACUAAUGUUAGACCAACUAACUAUAACUUAAUUUUGACUCCUGACUUAAAAGAAUUCAUGUGUAAAGGAACUGAAGUUGAUACUGUAACUUUAACUUUUCAAAAAGAAAUUAUUGCUGGUACAAAAGCUGCCUUGCAUAUUGAAUUUACUGGUAUUUUGAAUGACAAAAUGACCGGAUUUUAUCGUUCUAGUUAUGUUGAUGAAUCUGGAAAUAAAAGAUAUUUGGCGACUACCCAAUUUCAAGCAACCUAUGCUCGUCAUGCUUUCCCUUGUUGGGAUGAGCCAGCAAUCAAGGCUACUUUUGAUAUAACAUUAAUUGUUCCUUCAGAAUUGACUGCCUUGAGCAAUAUGAACGUUAUUUCAGAAAAGCCUCUUGCUAAUGGUAAAAAAGAAGUCGUGUUUGCUAAAACUCCAAUAAUGAGCACAUAUGUAGCUGUCUUCAAACAUACAGUAAAACAAAAAGGAUUAGAAUCAAAAUUUAUAGUGGAUAGUUGUGGAACUAACGUUUGGCGUGAACCUCCUAAUCCAAAAAGUGUUGAAGUUUGUAGAAAACAUAAUAUAGAUAUUAAUCAUAGAUCCAGAAAAAUCUCAAAAGAAGAUUUUGACAAGUUUGAUUAUGUUUUGUGUAUGGAUGAUAUGAAUUUACUUGAUGCAGAACGUCUUAAACCUGAAGCUUCAAAAUUGAUUGUCAAAUUUGGUGAGUAUGAUCCACAAGGUGAAAAAGUUAUUAGAGAUCCAUAUUUUGGCGAUAUUAAAGAUUACGAAACAAGUUUUGGCCAGGUUACAAGAUGCUCUGAGGGAUUCUUGAAAACUUAA